GUUGCCGUUCACGAUGCCAAGCUGGAGGUUGCAGAGGAAGCCACACCACAAAUACGACAAAUUGAUUUAGGGGAAAAUACAUAUUGUGGACACAUUAAUAAUCUUUUCCCCUCCGUCUUGUGGAUUCGUUAUUAAUACAUUCAUAUAAGGGACAUCAAAAUCAUUCAACUGUGAAAUUAUGGGACUAAAACGAAGUUUAAAGUGAUUGCUUUUACUCUUUAACCGGAAGUAACUAAAUUACAACCGUAAUAGACGCAAACGUGACUAUGCAGGCGACUACAACAAUGCCACGGAGCUUCCAUUUAAACCUCGCUGCGACACUUUCCCCAAAAUCUACAAGGUUAUAAGUUGAGUGUUGAUGCUGAGGUGUGUCCUUUUGUUAGUCAAGAAGACUUUUCCCAUUGGCCCGCAGAUUCUUGGAACGUCCUAUUCACGCCUUGUAGCUCCGCCUUUCAAACUCUACCGUCGCCAUCCCCUCUUCCCUUCAACCUACAGUCACGGAAGCCUCCCACUCUCCCCGUCCCACCACCUAUCCCGCCUGUACGACACCAUGGCGGAACAGCGCUUCCUGGUUGAGUACGCCAAGCGCGGCACGGCCGGUUGCAAGAAGUGCAAGGACAAGAUCGCUAAGGGCGUCACACGCAUCGGCAAGGUAGUACCCAACCCUUUCAGCGAGUCAGCCGGUGAGAUGAAGGAAUGGUACCACGUCAAGUGCAUGUUCGAGAAGCUGGAGCGUGCCCGCGCCACCACCAAGAAAAUUGAGGACAUCACUGACCUGGAGGGUUGGGAAGAGCUGCAGGAUGAGGAUAAGGAACUCAUCAAUAAACAUGUAUCAGACCUGAUGGCUAAAGUGAACACGAGUCCCAAAAAGAAGACGCCGGCCAAGGCGAACACAGCAGGCAAGCUGACGCCACCCCCUGCCACGUCAAUCAACGCACCACGCAAGUUCUCUGGCUUCACCGCUGCCAAGGCAGGCGCGUCCUCAUCCUCAUCCUCGCCUCUCUCGUCACCCUCGCCCGCCAAGGCCAACCAGGGCAGCUCUCUGGCCACGCAACUCUGCGACCCGCAGCACAAAGACUGCCUGUUCAGGGAGUUCCGCAAGCUGUGCGCCAUGGUGGCUGACGUCAACAGCUACAACAGCAAGACGCAGAUCAUAGAAAAGUUUCUGCGCAAGGGCACCGGUGGAGAUAAAUUCCACGGUGACUUGUACCUGACGGUGAAGUUGUUGCUGCCCGGUGUGGUGAAGAGCGUAUACAACCUCAACGAUAAGCAGAUCGUCAAACUCUUCAGUCGUAUUUUCCGAAGCAACCAAGAUGACAUGGUGCGAGACCUGGAGAAGGGAGAUGUGUCGGAGACUGUUCGCAUGUUCUUUGAGGAAAGCAAAUCCUUCCCGCCGGCGGCCAAGAGCCUGCUGACUAUCCAGGAGGUAGAUGCCUCACUGAGCCGCCUCGCGCUGCUCACUAAGGAGGACGAGCAGCAGGCCGAGCUAGAGCAAAUCGCCAAAAAGUGCACCAGCAAUGACUUGAAGGGCAUCAUCCGCCUCAUCAAGCAUGACCUCAAGAUGAAUGCCGGAGCCAAGCACGUGCUGGAUGCGGUGGAUCCCAACGCCUACGACGCCUUCAAAGCAUCCCGUAACCUGGGCGAUGUCAUCGAGCGCGUGCUGAGAAACCAGCAGGAGGCGUCAAACGGCUCGGGGCCUAGAAAGCUGCUCACCGUGGAGGCUACACUCAUGACGCCCGUGCAGCCAAUGCUGGCGGAGGCGUGCAAAUCCGUCGAGCAAGCCAUGAAGAAGUGUCCCAACGGCAUGUACUCGGAGAUCAAGUACGACGGCGAGCGCGUGCAGGUGCACAAGAGUGGCGACAGUUUCAGCUACUUCAGCCGCAGCCUCAAACCUGUGUUGCCGCACAAAGUGGCCCAUUUUAAGGAGUACAUCCCGCAGGCGUUCCCCGGCGGUCACAGUAUGAUUCUGGACGCUGAGGUGCUUCUCAUCGACACUAACACUAGCAAGCCGCUCCCCUUUGGAACACUGGGCGUGCACAAGAAAGCCGCUUUUCAAGACGCCAAUGUGUGCCUCUUUGUCUUUGACUGCAUAUACUUCAAUGGCAACAGCCUCAUGGAGAGGCCGCUGUGCGAGCGUAGGAAGUUCCUGCACGACAACAUGGUGGAAGUGCCCAAUCGCAUCCUGUUCUCAGAGAUGAAACACGUCACGCGUGCGAGAGACCUGGCUGACAUGAUCACUCGAGUCAUCAGAGAGGGUUUGGAAGGCCUGGUGCUCAAAGACAUAAAGGGCUCGUAUGAACCAGGCAAACGUCACUGGCUGAAGGUGAAAAAGGACUACUUGAAUGAGGGCGCCAUGGCUGACACGGCUGACCUGGUGGUGCUGGGCGCAUUCUACGGGAAAGGCUCCAACGGAGGCAUCAUGUCAAGCUUCCUGAUGGGCUGCUAUGACCCGGACACGAAAAAGUGGUGCACGGUCACAAAGUGCUCGGGAGGCUAUGACGACGCCAUGUUGGCGCGCCUCCAGAAAGAGCUGGACGUCAUCAAAAUCAGCAAGGACCCUAGUAAAAUCCCUGGCUGGCUGAAAAUAGUCAAGAACUACUACCCGGAUUUCAUCAUCCGCAGCCCUGAGCACGCACCCGUGUGGGAGAUCACCGGCGCCGAAUUCUCCAAGUCAGAGAUGCACACAGCGGACGGCAUCUCCAUCCGUUUCCCUCGUAUGACGCGCAUCCGCGACGACAAAGACUGGAAAAGCGCCACCAACCUUCACCAGCUUAAAGAGCUGUAUCGCAUCUCCAAGGAGAACUGCGACUUCCAAGUGACGGCGGGACCGUCUGGCGAAGACAAGGGCUCGUCAGGAGGUGACAGUGGAGGGAACUCGCCCGCCCCGCCGUCAUCAUCUACAUCGCGGGAAAGCAAAAAGACAAGUAACGGUGCCCCGGCCAAACGCAAGGCGGUGAAAUCGGAGCCAAGCUCGCCCGCUCUGCAAUCUCCCGCUCCCAAGAAGGUGAGAAAGAGCGAAAGUGUGCAGAGCAACGGCCACGCCAAGACAGCGACGCCAGCGCCUCUUCGUCCUCCGCAGAUGCUGGAGUCUAAAAAUGACGAGACACUGCUGGACAUCUUCAGCGGCAUCAAACUCUUCCUGUCGCGUGACGUGGAAGACUUCGCCAAGCUGCGUCGCUACUUUGUGGCGUACGACGGUGACCUAGUCGGUGACUACGACGGCGCCUCGGCCACUCACGCCAUAGGUGCCGCCGAUGAUGAUGAUGAAGAGGGGGACAGAGGCCGGGCCCAGCGGGUGUCGCCCAGCUGGAUCUGGGAGUGCAUCCGCAAAAGGCGGGUGGUGGCUCCCUGCUAGAAAAGAAAAAAAAAAACUACUUUCAUCAUUUGUUUACCUUGGUUUUGUUGUGUUGCUAUCUUUGAUUUAUGGUUGGCUUUCAUUGUUCGUUAAUGUAAAGGAUACGUACGCUGUCAUUUGUCAUGGCAGUAUAUCUCAUUUUGUUUAUUUAAAUCAUGAAAUGAGCUCUGAGCAAAUAUGAACCAGAGCUGUAAUUUUUUUUUUUUUAAAUAAAAU